CCUCCCGCCGCCGGUGUUGUCCAAGAUGGAGGGCGCCCUAUCGGCGCCGCUGCCCGUCCGGCUGCUGCUGUUCGUGGCGCUGCCUGCCGCAGGGUGGCUGAUCACCAGCGUGCCUAUGCCGCCGUCCACAGCCCCGAAGGAUGGCAUCAGAAUUAAUGUAACUACCCUGAGAGACAAUGGGGAGGUAUCUAAAGAACAGGUUGUUCUUAACAUAACCUAUGAGAAUGGACAGGUGUAUGUAAAUGAUUUGCCUGUAAGUAGUGGUGUAACCCGGAUGCACUGUCAGACUUUGAUAGUGAAGAGUGAAAAUCUGGAAAAUUUGGAGGAGAAAGAAUAUUUUGGAAUUGUCACUGUAAGGAUCUUAGUUCAUGAGUGGCCCAUGACAUCUGGCUCCAGUUCACAGCUAAUUGUUAUUCAAGAAGAGGUGGUAGAGAUUGAUGGAAGACAAGCUCAACAAAAGGAUGUUACUGAAAUUGACAUUUUAGUUAAGAACCAGAGAAUACUCAGACAUUCAAACUUUUCCCUUCCUUUGGAAGAAAGCAUGCUUUAUUCUCUUUCCCAAGACAGUGACAUUUUACUUACCCUUCCCAACUUUUCCAAAGAAGUAGAAAGCAUUAGUUCAUUGCAGACCACCAGCCAUUACCUCGUCGGUAAUGUGGAGACCACCGUAGAGGGAAAUGCAUUACCUGGCAAAUUGCCCGAGACGCCUCUCAGAGCGGAGCCUCCAUCUUCAUACAAGGUAAUGUGCCAGUGGAUGGAAAAGCUCAGGAAAGCACUCUGUCGGUUCUGGGGCAGUGUGUUCCCGGUGUUCUUCAUGUUUCUCAACGUCAUGCUGGUUGGAGUUUUAGGAGCAGCAGGGGUCAUAGCUGUGUUAAAGGUUCUUUUUCCAGUUUGUGAGAACAAAGGCAUUCUUCAGGUGGAUAAGAUGAAUCUUAUAACAGUGGCACCUAUCAUCUUAUAUCCAGAGGGCUCCGAGAAAACGGCAGAAAAAGUUCAAGAUAAAACGUGUAUUUAAAACACCAUCUUCAACGUGGACUUGGAAUUGCUCUGCUGACUCCAGACUUGCCAUCUGAAUACCAUUCUACUUAAAUCAUUAAUCAGUUUAUACAUAGAAAUUACCAAAUUCCUAAGACUGCCUGAAAUUUGGCCUUUACAAUGCCAAGUUAGAGUUUACCUCGUUCCAUACACAGGCUGGCUGUUCCAAAGAUGAAUUAUUAAUGGAAAUUUAAGUGGAAAAGAUGUGACUUCAAAAUAACCAGAAUGAAGAAAAGGUGACACAGACACCAAGUGCCAAUAGCUUCCAGGUGCCUUUGCUGCAGAAACUCUAUCUAUUUGAUUACUAUUGUAAGGUUUUAUAAGAAGCACUUUAUGAAAUUCUAAUUUAAAAGCUGAAGAAUUUAACACUUUUUUUUUACCAGUACAAUGUGCCUUUAUAUCACACACCACUCAGUAUGAAAUCACUGAAGUGUACUAUGGUCUGUGUCCAUGCCAACUGCUGACCUUGACUGUACCAGGAUUUAGAAGUAGUAGUGACAUGUUCUCACUCUAAAAUAAACGUUCUUUUUUAAAAGA